AUGAAUUCAAAAGAUAUUCAAAUGAAAAUGAUUCAACAAAGAUCAGGUUGGAACAUUGAUUAUUAUCUCAAUGAAUUAAAUUAUACGGAAAGAACGUCACAUUUAGUUAAUCUGGCUAUAAAAACAGAACAGAAUAUAGUGUUUAAUCAAUUGGAAAAAGUUAUCAAUAGUUUUAAAACAUCACUUAAGAAAUUAAAGCUCGAUGUUAAGUGUUUUGAUCGAAUUGAUGGACAUCGCCUAGAAGAAUUAUUCAAGUCUUGUGAAAAACUUAAUAAACUUGCAUUUUUCUUUGAAUGUAAUCGGAAUAGUAUUGCAUUCAAUAUUAAUGAUUUUCAACAUUCUUUUCAAAGUGAAUGGUGGCUCGAUAAAUGUCGUCCCUCAGUUUAUAUUCAACAUAAUGAUAUCGAUGGUACGACUGUUACUUCAUUGCCACUUUGUUUUUCGUUCAAGUUCAAGAAUUCUCUAAACAAUUGGUACAUCAAUAAAGGAUAUGAAGAUUUAUCAUUCAUUCGUUUUCCUACAAUUAAUCAAAUUCAUUUCGUUAAUGGUAGUCAUCGGUCGAUUAGUCUUGAAGAUUUGUAUUUUAUUGAUCGUGUGUUUACUUCACCUAAUCAAAGUCUAUGUUUUAAUUAUUGUGAUUUGAAAUCAGUAGAUAUACUAUUUUAUAUGCUUAUGGAUGAUCCAUCAAUGACACCAGCAUUACCUAAUGUAAAUCAUUUUAUUAUUGGUUCAAAAACCAGACUUGAUUCAUUAACAUUAUGUGUUUGGAUUCUUCUAGCAGUAAAUCUUAUACGUUUAGAUAUAUCCAACUUGACGACUUUUAAUAAAAUGGAAUUGGCAGAAGAAUUGAGAAAUAUGAUGAAUGAUGAUACACGUCUAAAACCAAAGUUCGAUCGCAUUAAAGUAUUAUAUAUUUUUACACGAUAUGAUGAUGAUGAUGAUAUACAAACAAAAAAUGAUUUAGUAAUAGCCUUUCAAAAGGUGUAUUCAAAUAAUUUCCAUAUGCUUUUUAAUUUUCUCAAUACUGUGUCAAUUAGUCAAGAAUAA